CCCUAACUAAAGCCCCAUCGAAGCUCUCCGCUCUCCCUCAGCCUAGGGUUCCCUUCCGCUCUCCACUCUCGGCGGCGACGGCAGUCGAACGGGACCCAGCGGGACGCUCCAACGGCGACGAACUCGAAGAUCUCAACUAAUUCCAGGUUGGAAGCUCUCACACAGCUGUUAUUAGAACAGGGAGACAAGCUAGGGGAGAAGUUUUCUUGUUGCACCUCUGAAAGUGGAAAAGCUCUUUGCCUUCACACAAGUCGUUGGAAUUUACUGCUCAUUCGCUUGAGCUUCUUUGAAACAGGUAGUUGAAUUGGUGUUCUCUUGGUCGCAGCUGAUAAUGUUGAAAAUAAAGACUCCAAAGACACAUCGUGCUAAGCGGGCACUUGAAAAGCAUGCCCCUAAACUCGUGGAGAAUGGCAAGAAAACACUCAUUCUUCAUGGUACCAAGACCAGCAACGUACUGAACUCUGUAUUAACUCAGAUUUAUCAUUUGAAAAGAGAUAGUGCCGUAAAGUACACCAAGAAAAAUGAAAACAUCAGGCCUUUUGAAAGUGGUGGUGAAACAUCUUUGGAGUUUUUCUCUCUCAAAACUGACUGCAGUCUCUUUGUGUUUGGUUCUCAUUCAAAGAAAAGACCCAACAAUCUAGUUCUUGGGCGGAUGUAUGAUCAUCAUGUUUAUGAUCUUGUUGAAGUAGGAGUGGAGAACUUCAAACCCAUUGACUCAUUCGAGUAUGACAAGAAAAUAACACCACGAAUUGGAUCAAAACCUUUCUUUGCUUUUAUAGGAGAAGGCUUUGAGAGUGUUGAAGAGUUAAAACACCUGAAGGAAGUAUUGCUUGAUCUUUUUAGAGGAGAGGUUGUGGAAAAUUUGGACCUUGCUGGUGUAGAUCGUGUAUUUGUAUGCACAGCCAUCUCAUCGACUACAGUCUUCUUGACACAUUGUGCUCUCCGCCUGAAAAGGUCAGGCACGUCUGUUCCUAGAAUGGAGCUGGUAGAAGUUGGACCUUCCAUGGACUUGGUAGUUCGGCGUCAUCGUCUUCCCAAUGACAGCUUAAAGAAAGAAGCAAUGAAGACUGCUUCUGAUCAGCCUAAGAAGAAGAUAAAAAAUGUAAGCAGCGACAUUGUGCAAGGAAAAAUAGGGAAGAUCUACAUUCCAGACCAACAGGUUGGAAAUAUGCCUUUAUCAAAUGAGAUAAAGGGACUGAAGAGGGAACGCCGUGAAGCCAAGAAAAACAAGGUUAAUGGAGACCAUCAAUCAAAGAAAAGAAAGACUGAUCCUCUCUAGUUUUCAGAGGUUGCUCUCUCUCAUGCUACUGGCCAUGUGACACUGAAGAAAUUGUGUGUUCGUGCUGAAUGUUUGAUAAAAAUUUCUUCUCAUUAUGGAAUCAACACCAAGUUAGCAGUCAAAAUUGAAAGCAAUUGAAAAUUCUUGGAAGAUCAAGGCAAUUGAAAUUUUGACACAUCGUUAUUGAAUUGAUUUUUGAUAUAUAGCAUUGGAAUCAGAUGCCUGGUAGGUCUUUCAUGAAAGCAUGUGUAGGAUAGAGUUCAUACGAAAGUUGUAUCUCAUGAUUGAUGUGCUUUUUGAUAUCGAAUUUUUUAGAGUAAUUGGAAUUGAGACAUAUUACAUAGCUUGAAACCAG